AUGCGGUACUACGAGCAACGAUAUCCCGAAGUUGACGAACUUGUCAUGGUGCAAGUUCGUCAGAUUGCGGAAAUGGGUGCUUAUGUGAAGCUCCUUGAAUAUGACAAUAUUGAAGGAAUGAUCUUGCUUUCUGAGCUUUCACGAAGACGUAUCAGGUCUAUACAAAAACUGAUUCGGGUAGGAAGGAACGAGGUUGUGGUAGUCCUGCGGGUGGACAAAGAGAAGGGUUAUAUUGAUCUGUCGAAACGGCGAGUAUCACCUGAAGACAUUAUUAAAUGUGAAGAACGCUACACGAAGUCUAAAACUGUGGCCUCAAUCUUGCGCCAUGUUGCUUCCAAGUUGCCCUCAGUCAAUGACGACGGAUCAGAGGCUCAAGGCGAUACUGAUGCGCUCGUUAACAACGCAGAAGUGAAAAAGGCAAGGAGAGCGAGGAAAGAGGGGCUGGAGGAUCAGAUUCCCGAGCAGAUGCCACCGACAGAUUCGAAUGAAGAGGAGCGUUUGGAGCAGCUAUACGAGCAGAUUGCCUGGCCUUUAGGCAAGAAGUAUGGCCACCCAUACGAUGCCUUCAAGUUGGCGUUGACGGAGCCAGAGGCAGUGUUUUCUUCACUGCCGAACGCUAUCCCACUAUCGACGAAGAAUCUUCUCAUGAGCACGAUAGCGCGGCGUCUGACUCCUCAGCCGAUCAAGUUGCGUGCGGACAUCGAGUUAACUUGCUAUACGCCUGCCGGGAUCGAUGCGAUCAAGAAAGCUCUUCGUGCUGGCGAACGCGAGAGUAGCGAAGCAGUACCGAUCAAGGCGAAACUUGUAGCACCGCCGCUUUACGUGCUGAGUACUAAUGCUACAGACAAGUACGCCGCAGUAGAUCGGCUAGAGCGCGCGAUCGAAUCGAUUCAAAAUACCAUCGAAAAUAAUGGUGGAUCACUUGUUGUCAAGAUGAAGCCUAAAGCCAUCUCAGAGACCGAGGAGCAUGACCUUGCGCAGUUGAUGGCCAAGGCUGGUCAAGAAAAUGCAGAGGUCUCCGGAGACGAAGACGAGGAGGAGGGCAUAUAG